CUGGAACAUCAAUCCGCCUGACGCAAUGUCAUAAGGUUUCGUCGAAUUGCACGGGUAGAUGUGAUCGUUAUACAGUCUACGUCUGGCAAGCAUAUCGCGCAAGCAUAUCGACAUCGACAUGAAAAAGGCACCUUCAGCAGUUUAUACAGCGUGUAUAAACAUUAUUUCAAGAAUACGUUAGAGAGAAAUGGAUCCGUCAGAGUCUCAGCAGGAUCUACUUUCAAAUGAGGCGAGACCGCCUUCGGUGCAAUCGCUACAGGCACCCAUUGACUAUAUUCUUGGCCCGGUCGAGAAGCAUUUCCUGCUUAGCGCGGAACGAGGUGAUUGUGCCACUGUCAAAAGGUUAAUCGAAGAGAAUCGAGAUCAUCCGGAGAUAUUAAAUAUCAAUUGCGUUGAUCCGUUAAAUCGAUCGGCACUGAUAGCUGCUAUUGAAAACGAAAAUAUCGACCUUAUCAAGCUGUUGCUCGAAUUGGGAAUUGAAGUGAAGGAUGCACUUUUGUAUGCCAUUAAAGAGGAGUAUGUGGAAGCGGUGGAAGUUCUACUGGAAUGGGAGGAAAAAAUACACAAACCAGGGCAAACUUACAGUUGGGAAGCCGCCGAUUCGUCUUCAAACUUUACAUCUGAUAUAACUCCAUUGAUUAUAGCAGCUCACAAAAAUAAUUAUGAAAUACUGAAACUGCUUUUACAUCGUGGCGCGACUCUUCCCACACCUCACGAUGCUAGGUGCGGUUGCGACGAAUGCGUCACUUCCAGCGAACAAGAUUCCCUUCGACACUCGCAGUCGCGAAUAAACGCGUACCGAGCGCUCACAUCGUCAUCUCUAAUCGCGCUUUCAUCGAGAGACCCACUUUUAACGGCCUUCGAGCUUUCAUGGGAACUGCGUCGUCUCAGCAGGAUGGAGCAAGAAUUCCGCGCCCAAUACAACGAGAUGCGGGAACAAACGCAGCAAUUUGCAACCGCUUUGCUAGAUCACGCGCGCACGUCUUACGAACUGGAAAUAAUGUUAAACUACAACCCUACCGGCGAGAAUUGGGAUCCUGGGGAGAGACAGACAUUGGAUCGACUCAAACUAGCUAUUAAAUAUAAGCAGAAACAAUUUGUCGCUCAUCCAAACGUGCAACAGUUAUUGGCUGCUAUCUGGUACGACGGUCUUCCAGGAUUUAGAAGGAAAAAUAUGAUAGCGCAAUUGAUGGAAGUUGCCAAACUUGGAGCAAUGUUUCCGGUUUACAGUACUAUUUAUAUGAUAGCCCCCACUUCGCAAAUGGGAUUGUUUAUGAAAAAGCCGUUUGUCAAGUUUAUAUGUCAUUCUGCAUCGUAUGCUUUUUUUCUAAUGCUACUCGGUAUGGCAUCACAAAGAGUCGAAUAUCUAUUAAUCGAAUUGUUUGGUAAUGAGUGGAUGCGAAAGAUACUUGCUGGCUGGAAAAAACAUGAACGCGGUUGCAUCCCGGGUUUUGUCGAGACAGGCGUGGUUAUCUAUGUGAUAAGUUUAAUCAUCGGCGAAAUUAAAUCUUUAUGGGCAGAUGGACUAUUCGAAUAUAUAUCGGAUUUAUGGAAUAUUGUAGAUUUUGUUCAAAAUACAUUUUACGUAAUCUGGAUAAGUAUGCGAAUUACGGCUUGGUGGAUAGUACAGAGAGAAUAUUGGAGUGGUUUAGAUCCUUGGUAUCCAAGAGAUCAAUGGCACGCGUUCGAUCCAAUGCUGCUUUCAGAGGGAGCGUUCGCAGCCGGAAUGAUAUUUAGCGUAAAUCCUCAUCUCGGGCCGCUCCAGAUUUCCCUCGGGAGGAUGAUAAUAGACAUUAUCAAGUUCUUUUUUAUCUAUACCCUCGUGCUAUUUGCCUUCGGCUGCGGUAUGAAUCAAUUGAUGUGGUAUUAUGCGGAUUUAGAGAAAAGAAAAUGUUAUCACGCGUCUGACGAGUUGCCGGAUUUCGAUAAUCAGGAGAAAGCCUGCUCUAUAUGGAGAAGAUUCGCUAACUUGUUCGAGACAUCGCAAUCUCUCUUUUGGGCAAGUUUUGGUAUGGUCGAUUUAAUGUCGUUUGAUCUGACGGGCAUUAAAAGCUUCACGCGAUUCUGGGCGCUCCUCAUGUUCGGUUCUUAUUCCGUGAUAAACGUCAUUGUGCUGUUAAACAUGUUGAUCGCUAUGAUGUCUAAUUCUUAUCAAAUCAUUUCGGAAAGAUCUGAUACAGAAUGGAAAUUUGCCAGGAGCCAUUUAUGGAUGAGUUAUUUCGAAGAUGGCGAUACUGUACCACCGCCAUUUAAUAUGAUUCCAACGAAUAAAACUUUUCAAAAACUAUUUAAAUGUGGAGGCAGCAAUCGUUCUACAAGAUCCUUUAUAAAAAAAUCUCGAGAAAAAGCUUUGAACAGACAUGAUACCAUAUUGCGUCUACUUAUACGUCGUUACGUAACAGCUGAACAAAGGAAACGAGAUGAAUUUGGUAUUACGGAGGACGACGUCAGGGAAAUUCGCCAGGACAUUUCGAGUUUUCGAUAUGAUCUGAUCGACAUCCUUAGAAAAAACGGAAUGUGCACACCGGCGCUCGACAAAGAAGAUGCGAACAUACCCGGUAAAAAAGGCAGAGUGAUGGAACGUCGACUCCAGAAGGAUUUCCAGAUUGGUAUCGUAGAAGGUAUCGUGCAGGCUGUUAUUCAGAGCGAGAAGGAGCCGAAGGAUGUAUUUAGUCAGAUUGCAAAAGCGAUCGGACGGAAAGGGAGUGGCGCUGGUAAAAAAGAUUGGAACGCUGUAGUUAGGCAAAGCACCAUCGCUAAAGAUCCUAUCGGAAGUACAAACGAAGCAGUGCAACGUCAAACCCGACGUAGUCUACGUCGCCACCUGCGACAUCAGCCGAACUCCGACCUAGCAUCCAUGGAUCCAAAACGACUGGUUGAAUAUAAUCCAAAUCUCUCGGAUUUCACUCCAACUACUAGAAUAGCUUAUGCUAAGUUUAUGCUAAGCAAAAGUAAGCUGGACGAGCAGACUGAAG